CAAUGAUUCAUCAUUUUUCCAUUGGCUGCUGGAUUCUGUUGUUUCUUACACCAGGAUAUACUCCUGUUUUUGCAAAAGGUGAAGUCAUCCAGGUACCGCGUGGAUUGGAUGCCGCGUUACGUUGCAGAUCAGAGACAACUCUUCCUCCGAAGUGGGAAUGGGACUCCAAUCUGACAUCAGACAACAUCAAGACAUUAGUGGUCAACAACACUGAAUACCUGCUGGUGGAAAACUUCCAGGAGAUGAAUGAAGGCCGUUACUACUGUAUCAAUGGAACAGGGGAAACUGCAGUGAAACUGGAAAUACAGCUGGGUGUAAAGGAUAGCGCGCCUGUGUACAGAAUCAGCAGGACCGGCUCGUUGCAUCUCUUUUGUGAACCUCCAACACCAACAAGGCUUGAGGGCUUUUGGAGCUGGAGACAGACUGGGUCUGAAGAAGACUGCAAACGGCCUGGUUCAGGACAGACUGGGUCUAAAGGAGACUGCAAACGGUCUGGUUCAGGACAGACUGGGUCUGAAGAAGACUGCAAACGGUCUGGCUCAGACCUGGAGCACUUUGGAAAUCGGUCGGAAGUAAAGAAGAAUGAGUCCGAAAACAAAUUUUCACUGAGCAUCUCCCCUCUGCUCUGGAAUGACUCUGGACAAUACCGAUGCACUCUUUGUGAUGGUGACAAACUUCACAAGCAAUGCAUUUAUGAAAUAAUUACAGUGAAAGUGUACUCCGAGCCCAUGGAGCUGACUGAGGGAGAGAAUGGCUCCCUGGUCUGUGCCAUUUCACACCUGAAAGAGUCCACCAGACUGCUGUGGAUCGACACGCAGAGUCAACAGAUGUUCUCCAACCCCGAGGCACAGAAGCACGCGGGCGAGUUCCGGCUCGUGGUGAGGAACGUCACGCUGGCGCAGAGCGCUUGGGAGUGCGCCGUGUUCCGCCAGGACCGGCUCCGAGCGCUGGUCCCGUUCACACUGACUGUGAAGAGCCGAGCCACACGGCCCCCCGGGCCCCCUGCUGGAGGUGAGGGAGCGAGAGUCACAGACAGACCGGGCCAGGACCCUACUGAAGCAUCUGCACAAAAUCACUCCGGAAACCGUAUAAUUUAUCUGUCACUAGUCUGCCUCUGUGGUCUUCUUCUCAUAAUCCUGGGAACAGUUUUCAUAAUCUACUGUUGUCGGAGACAUCAAGGUGAUGAACAGACCCCAGAAGCUGACUCCAGUACAUCAGCCGCACUUGCUACUGACAAUCUGACUCCUGAAGAGGACUCGGUGAUAUAUGCAGAUGUGGUCCUGGCAACCGGAAUUAGAAGAUGAUUCAUUCAUUUUAAUUUUACUACAGACGUAAUUUGUUCAAGUCUUUUUUUUAGGUUCUGACAAAACAUAUAUCUGCAUAUGAGAAGUCUUUGGGGGAUUUCCUUUACAGAUUCAUGGAAAGAAAAUGUAGUUGUUGGAAAUGCGAACUUCUGUUAAAAUUUGAAAUGGGGAAGUGGUUAUAUAUUUAGUUUUAGCUACAGUGGAAAAAAUGAAAUAAAAAGGAACUCAAAUUCACUUUGGAGUAGCACCAAUAAUACUAGUUUUUCAGUGAAGGAUACAAAUGGUUAAUUUUCGCUUGCUGAAUGCAGGACAUGCAUUGCUGAUGCUCUUUUUAUAAUGGGUCAUUUAAUUGCUUAAUUACUAUUCUUUGAAAGUCUUUCAUCUAUUGUCUUUAAUAUUUUUUUGUUUAAAGAAAUCAAAAUGCACAUGUUUUGUGAAUUCUUUAUGCAUUCCUCAAAACCUUUAAAAAAAAAAAAAAAAAAAAAAUACAAUUAAGCCGAUUUUUGAAUGUCAUGCACAGAGUGUUAAGUUCUUUGGGAAAGAAUAGAAAAUGUGAUAUUACCACUGGUGCAAGCGGGAUAAUGGCGCCUCCUUGUGUCAUUAUAUGAAAUUACUUUUAUGAUUAUAAAAAUCUGGGAUUUUGAGAGGAAACAUGCAGAGAUUUAGAAGAUGUACACAUUAAACUGAAGCAUACACUUUUUAUGCCAUGUGCUGUAUAAUUUAUUCUAAAUAUAUGGCUACAUGCAAGAUUAACAUUAACAUUAAGGUUCUGCAAGAUCCCUAACUUUGCAGUGAAAUACUGAAAAAUAAACAAACUGUAAUCCACUGGCCAUUCCUCGCCCAGAUUAAACACAUUACAUUACAUUACAUUACAUUACAUUACAGGCAUUUGGCAGACGCUCUUAUCCAGAGCGACGUACAACAAAGUGUAUAACCAUAACCAGGAACAAGUAUGACGAAACCCCUAGAGAGAAGACAGCAUAUCUGUGUGUUUUAAUGUGAUAAUUUACAUAUUUACUUGAAUUUUAUUAUCAAUUAUGUGUCACGGAUUGGUGAGGGAAUGGACCCAAAUGCAGAGUAAAAAAAAAACCCCAAGAACUCCAAAAGGGAACUUCACAGACUUUAAUUACAAAAUCAAGAACAAACACAGAUAACCAAACAAAACCUCACAGGGCAAAUCCCAAAAACAGAAAAUCCAAAAAUCACAAGAAGCCAAACAGGCAGGGCAGAAACAGGCGGACAAAAACAGGCACAGGGAAACACAGGCAAACUCUCAGGCAAAACAGAGGCAGGAACACACGCGGAAACACAAGCGAAAACACAAGGAGCCAGCACCCGAGUCAGGGAAGAAGAGAACUUAAAUAGACAAGACCCUAACGAGACACAGGAGGGCACAAUGCACAAUCAGACCACAGAGGGAAGGGAUAACUAGACACAACUGAAAAACACUAGAAUAAUUGGAACCAAUAAUACAAUUAAACAGGGAAAAGGAACAGAACUACUGCCAUCUGGCGGCCGAAAAAGGAAGACAGAAAACAGGAACAGAAACCUGACGGUAUGUCUGUUUUCAGAUAAUGUUAUCUAUCAUGGCUUUUAUAGCUUAAAUUUCAUUCAGGUAUGUAGGCUACCCAUUUAUGCUGAUACAUUCACAGAAGAAAUUCACGUUAAACAGCUCAUAUAAAACCCAACAGUACAGACUCGCCUAACAAUUAAACCCACCAACAUCCAGUUUCAAGCCCAUGUCUACAAAAAACACAAGAAGCUUAUGUAACCUCACUGAGGUCAUUCGGCCUACUGCUAAUCUCACUCUCAAUAGAAUUGAUUAGCAGUAUCUAACAUGCCAUUAUUUGUACUGAAUAUUUGAGACUGGACAUCUGUUUGUUGUUUGUCUGAUGAUUUGCUAACAAUGUCAUAAGACUUGGACUUUGAGAAAAUAAUACUUCACAUGUUUCAUGUAUUUCAAUGAGCAAACGCCAUCAUUAAAAUUACACUGAAGUCA